AUUCUGCAUUUCAUUCAUCCAAACUAGCUAGCUACUUCACUGCAACAAUAACAUCAAAGCAAGCUGGUUCUAAAUUCUUUACCAAAAUGGCUGCAAAACGUUUUCUUGAUGAUUUUAAUGAAGACAAAGUCAAACCAAAUGACAAACGCAUGAGAACUACGACAACAUCUUCUUUUGCUUCGGUAAUAGGAGAAAUUGUUAUGGUGAAAAACAUGCAAAAUCUUUUCUCUGGCUUGGAACCUUUACUUAGAAGAGUGGUGAACGAGGAGGUGGAAAGAGCAAUGAGACAAUGUUAUCCACCAGUACGAUCAAUAACAAAUUCGCCUUCAUUGAGACUUAAAGCAAUGGAAGAACCAUUAAGUUUUCAAUUCAUGUUCAAAAAGAAGCUUUCACUUCCAAUAUUCACAGGUAGUAGAAUACUUGACAUGGAUGGAAACUCAAUCAAUGUGAUUCUUGUUGAUAAAAGCAAUGACCAAAUAGUCCCUACAAGUCUACCUCACCCAAUCAAGAUAGAAAUUGUAGUCCUUGAUGGAGAUUUUCCUCCUAGUGAAAAGGAAUCAUCAUGGACUAGUGAGGAAUUCAAUAGCAAUAUUGUGAAAGAGAGAAAUGGGAAAAGACCAUUGCUUACAGGAGAAUUAAAUCUUACUAUGAGGGAUGGAAUUGCACCAAUUGGUGAUAUUGAGUUCACUGAUAAUUCAAGUUGGAUACGUAGUAGGAAGUUUAGAGUUGCUGUUAGAAUUGCUCCUGGGACUAAUCAAAGUGUCCGAAUUCUUGAAGGCAUGACCGAACCUUUUGUUGUUAAGGAUCAUCGAGGAGAAUUGUACAAGAAACACCAUCCACCAAGUUUAAACGAUGAAGUUUGGCGUUUAGAGAAAAUUGGGAAAGAUGGAGCUUUCCACAAAAAAUUGACCUCAAAAGGGAUUACAACAGUUCAAGAGUUUCUCAAGUUGUCUGUAGUUGACCCUCUUAGACUCAGAAAGAUUUUAGGCAUUGGUAUGUCAGAGAAAAUGUGGGAUGUGACAAUUAAACAUGCAAAGACUUGUGUAAUGGGAAACAAACUCUAUGUUUACCGUGGGCCCCAAUUUACCAUCCAUUUGAAUGCAAUAUGCCAAAUGGUUAGAGCUAACAUCAAUGGCCAAACCAUUCCCAACCGAGACAUUUGCAACAUGGACAAGAGCUACAUACAAAACUAUGUGAGAGAAGCAUAUGCUAGAUGGAAUGAGUUGGAGGAAAUUGAUGAAGUUUUGAAUGACAACGUUGCUUUGUUAACUCAAGGUGGAACCGUGGAGCAAUUUCAAAGCAAUAAUCAUCAAGGAUCACUUAUAACAUAUGAUCAAAACAACUAUUUUGGUGAUACUCUCGAGACUGGCAACUAUGUAUCAAACAAUAAUAAUGGACAAAUAGGUUGCAUCGAGGGGCCACCAUUUCCCACAUCACCAUUCAUGAAUGAGAUCAUACCUUAUAGCUUCUUAGAUUCACAAUCAGACGGUGGUGGUACAAUGCCUUCAAGUUCAGGACCAAUCAUUGAUGGAGCUUCAAGGUGGCAUUAACAAAAUUUGUAAUUUGACUUUCAGCUACACACAACACACAUGAAAAAGCAACAGUUCGAGAAUCAAAUUAGGCUAAUUGACAAAAAAUAACUCAGUAGUAGGUAACUACCGCUGACUUCAAAGCAGAAAAUUGGCGGUAGUUAAAUACUGAUGGUUUUUUUGUUGUUGUCAUUUUCAUGUGUUUUUAAGAAACAAUGGACAUCAAAACAGCAAUUUCCUAUAUCUUGCACUCAGUAUAAUCUUUUUCUAGUUAGGCCCAUUUUAAUUAAGGUUGCAUGAAAUAUGGGCCUUUUUUCUCUUUUGCAACAAAAUUUCUUUUCUCACCCUCCACACUUGGUUUGGAUUAUGAUCUAAAAAAAAAUUGUAGUGUGUUGGAAGGUGUUUUUAAACCUUUUAAAUUAUAUAAUCCGAACUGUUGAUGAGAUAAGAAUUGUUAAAAUGCAAACCUGCAUUCACUAGCGACGGAUAAAGAUGAAGACAGUUGAAAUACCGCUCAUUUUCCAAAAAUUAUCCAUGAUGACGACGAUGUAGAUUACAUGUUUAGGUUGAUGGUUGAAAAUAAAAUUUUACAUCUUUGUGUCCGGUCCACUGAAGUGUAAUAUGUUCGAAUUUGUGUCUGUAAUGUUGCAUUGUAAUGAAAUUCAAACUUUUGUGGAUUGUGUAUUUAGCAACUAA